UGGCCUGCCUGGCGCCGAGGGCAGGUGGCCCAGCCAGUUCUGCCUCUGAAGCCUCAUUCCAGCCAUCUCUCUACCUGUGAUGAGAGCCUCCCGCCGCCUCAGCCAGUGCCCCACCGGGGGGCCUUGGGCCCCGGGCAUGCGGUGAUCUCAGAGCAAGGGCAGCCACCACCACCCGACCUCACCAGCCAUGAAUGCCCACCCCAAGGAGAUGGUGCCCCUCAUGGGCAGAAAAGCCACCGUCACCAGUGGGAACCAAGUCGUCCUACAGGAGAAGCGGCCAGCGGAGAUCACCCCCACUAAGAAGAGCGCGCACUUCUUCCUGGAGAUUGAAGGGUUUGAGCCCAACCCCACAGUCGCCAAGACCUCUCCCCCCAUCUUCUCCAAGCCGAUGGAUUCCAACAUCCGGCAGUGCCUCUCUGGCAACUGUGAUGACAUGGACUCCCCGCAAUCCCCUCAGGAUGAUGCGACAGAGACCCCAUCCAAUCCCAACAGCCCCAGUGCAAACCUGGCCAAAGAAGAGCAGAGGCGGAAAAAGAAGCGGCUGAAGAAGUGCCUCUUUGCGGCUGUGUCCGAGGGCUGCGUGGAGGAGCUGGUGCAGCUGCUGGUGGAGCUGCAGGAGCUUUGCAAGAGGCGCCGCAACCUGGACGUGCCCGACUUCCUCAUGCACAAGCUGACGGCCUCAGACACAGGGAAGACCUGCCUGAUGAAGGCCUUGCUGAACAUCAACCCCAACACCAAGGAGAUCGUGCGGAUCCUGCUCGCCUUUGCCGAUGAGAACGACAUUCUGGACAGGUUCAUCAACGCCGAGUAUACCGAGGAGGCCUACGAAGGGCAGACGGCGCUGAAUAUCGCCAUCGAGCGGCGGCAGCGAGACAUCACAGCGCUGCUCAUCGCGGCCGGCGCCGACGUCAACGCCCACGCCAAGGGGGUCUUCUUCAACCCCAAGUACCAGCACGAGGGCUUCUACUUCGGCGAGACACCCCUUGCCUUGGCAGCAUGUACCAACCAGCCCGAGAUCGUGCAGCUGCUGAUGGAGAACGAGCAGACAGACAUCACCUCGCAGGACUCACGGGGCAACAACAUCCUACAUGCGCUGGUGACGGUGGCCGAAGACUUUAAGACACAGAAUGACUUCGUUAAGCGCAUGUAUGACAUGAUCUUGCUGAGGAGUGGCAACUGGGAGCUGGAGACCAUGCGCAACAAUGACGGCCUCACCCCGCUGCAGCUGGCCGCCAAGAUGGGCAAGGCCGAGAUCCUGAAGUACAUCCUCAGUCGUGAGAUCAAGGAGAAGCGACUCCGGAGCUUGUCCAGGAAGUUCACCGACUGGGCAUAUGGGCCCGUAUCAUCCUCGCUCUAUGACCUCACCAACGUAGAUACCACAACAGACAACUCGGUGCUGGAAAUCAUUGUCUACAAUACCAACAUUGAUAACCGGCACGAGAUGCUGACCCUGGAGCCCCUGCACACGCUGCUGCGUAUAAAGUGGAAGAAGUUUGCCAAGUACAUGUUCUUCCUGUCCUUCUUCUUUUAUUUCUUCUACAACAUCACCCUGACGCUCAUCUCUUACUACCGACCCCGGGAGGAGGAGGCCCUGCCGCACCCCCUGGCCCUGACGCACAAGAUGGGGUGGCUGCAGCUCCUGGGGAGGAUGUUCGUGCUCAUCUGGGCCAUGUGCAUUUCUGUGAAGGAGCGACCCAGCCACUCAUUCAUCCAUCUGAAUACCCAUUCAUCCUUACCCUCAUCCUUCCAUCCUUCCAUCUAUUUAUCAGUUGAUCACUUGAUUGGUCCAUCCAUCCAUCCAUCCAUCCAUCCAUCCAUCCAUCCAAUGAGUCAACAGGGCAUCGCGAUCUUCCUGCUGAGACCCUCAGAUCUGCAGUCCAUCCUCUCGGAUGCCUGGUUUCACUUUGUCUUUUUUGUCCAGGCUGUGCUUGUGAUACUGUCUGUCUUCUUGUACUUGUUUGCCUACAAAGAGUACCUUGCCUGCCUCGUGCUGGCCAUGGCCCUGGGCUGGGCGAACAUGCUCUACUACACGCGGGGGUUCCAGUCCAUGGGCAUGUACAGCGUCAUGAUCCAGAAGGUCAUUUUGCAUGAUGUUCUGAAGUUCUUGUUUGUAUAUAUCGUGUUCUUACUCGGAUUCGGAGUAGCCCUGGCCUCGCUGAUUGAGAAGUGUCCCAAGGACCACAAGGACUGCAGCUCCUAUGGCAGCUUCAGCGAUGCUGUGCUGGAACUCUUCAAACUCACCAUAGGCCUGGGUGACCUGAACAUCCAGCAGAACUCCAAGUACCCCAUCCUCUUCCUGUUCCUGCUCAUCACCUACGUCAUCCUCACCUUCGUCCUCCUCCUCAACAUGCUCAUCGCCCUCAUGGGAGAGACGGUUGAGAACGUCUCCAAGGAGAGUGAGCGCAUCUGGCGCCUGCAGAGAGCCAGGACGAUCUUGGAGUUUGAGAAGAUGCUGCCAGAAUGGCUGAGGAGCAGGUUCCGGACGGGGGAGCUGUGUAAAGUGGCAGAGGAAGAUUUCCGGCUGUGUCUGCGGAUCAACGAGGUGAAGUGGACUGAAUGGAAAACACACGUCUCCUUCCUCAACGAAGAUCCCGGGUCCGUGAGGCGGACAGCAGAUUUCAACAAAAUCCAAGAUUCUUCCAGGAGCAACAGCAAAACCACCCUCAAUGCGUUCGAAGAAAUAGAUGAGUUUCCGGAAACUUCAGUGUAGCAGCAGAAUCCGGAACUGGUGUGCGCAUGGGUGCUGCAGGCUGGUCUGGGACUGCGUGCUGAGGGCUUUGCCUCGUGAUGGAGCCUGGCCCUGCCCGCCUGGAAGCAGAAAGCACCCUUGGGCUGAACUGAGAGGCGGUUGUCAGUGUUCUGCAUGGAAAAGACCCUGGAUUUUGUUACUUGGUGAAGAGUUUGUGUGGACGGAUGGCCAGCAGUCCUGAACCUGGGGUUCCUGAAAUCCCUGGGUUCACCAGCUGGUGACCAGGUCAGCUCGGCUGGGAGAGGAGCCGUAGGGAAGGGGCGGGGCCCGAGGAGCAGGACUUUCUUCCUGCCAACAUGUCCUUGGGAGCCGCAGCCGCAGCCCACACAUCCCUCCUCUUCCCUGCUGUGACUGGGGCUUCUGAAUUGAAGGGACUCUUGGUCCCAUCCCAGAACAUACAGAGGACUGAGCAAGUCCAAUCUCCUGGGGGAGGGGGGUGUGAGUUAUGGAAAUGCCCUUCCAGAACCUUCAGGGAACAGGAAACUACCCUUGGAAUGAGUGCCCACUGGCACCCCAAGGCUCAAACUGUCUCAAAGUGAGAGACUUUUCGUAGUGUAAUUAACACUGUUUAUUAUUAUUAUUAUUAUUAUUAUUAUUAUUAUUUUAUUUUCAAAAGAAAAAGGACAUUUCAGUUUUAAAUGAAAAACACUUCAGAUGAAGUCCAUGACUUUAAAAGUGGAGAAGUAGACGUGAGGAUUUGUGACUGGAUGGAAGUAUUGUGUACUAGGCCUCAGGGUGGCGGGGGCAAAAACAAAAAGCUUUUCUUUGCGCGCACAAAGGUCCAGAUGAGACGUGCACAGUGUGAGGCGGCCCCGGCACUUGCAGGGGACUCCGGAGCCAGCUGGACGCUGUGAUGGGGCGAGAGAGCCUGGCUCUCCUCCUCGCCCCGGCCCUGCAGUAGUGCCCGCCUCCGAGCUGGGUCCCAGCUUCGUCCGAAACAGAAAUAGCAGCUGAUCUAUUUAUAUGGCCUGACAUCCCAGAGGUGACUCUCAUACAUCAGUGUUUCUCAUCAGAGGAAUUCAACAGAAUACCUGAAACGCUCUGGCACUAAAUAUUCUUGUUAACUGUGAGUUUGGAAGCUGAGGAAAAGGUUGAGAAAGGCGCAUUUGCCAAGAUGAGUGGCUUGCUUUUAGAGCCUCAUCCUGAUUUCCUCCCCCUGAAAUCACACGGAGCCAGUCUGGGGGCAGAAAUGAAGUAGAGAGGGAAGAAAUGUCCCAGAUGUCUGGAGCCGCUCCGCCUCGGUUGUCUGGUAAAGGGAUUCAUGUGGGAAUUGUUGAGGCGGAAUGACAAGUAUAUUAACCACGAAUUUAAUUUGAAAUGCCGCAAAAAUGAAUUUGGCCUUUAGGCCACAUGGAAAUUGGCUGGUUGACUUGAGGCCAAUGGGGAAGUGCAAACCAAGCAGCCACUCUGGGCUGUUUCUCGGCUCUGGGCUGUUCUGUGUGCCAGCACCUGGGUGAGUGGAAACUUGGCCUUUGUGCCCCUGAUGGGCCGGGUCAGGGAGAGAUGGGAUGGGUCAAGGAUGCAGCCUGAGAGUCACACAAUCUGCAGCAGCCCGUGCCCUUCCAGCUGACCCAGGCGCCAACCACGCUCUGCACCGCAGUGGUCAGACCAGGCUCAGGUGUGAGCAGGGACUAGGCAUGUCCUCUGGGAAAGGGAAGGCCUGUCACGGAGGCGGGAGGAGCAGAUGUGUGCCAGAUGUGGGCAGCACUAGUGCCAAAGGUGGGAAAUUUCAGGGGAAAGAUUUUGGUUCCAUUCAGUCCUACAGCUGUUCUAGAUAUUGGAGAUGUUUAAGCGGAAGCUGGUUGAGGACCUAUUAGGGAUGAUGUUAAAGAUCACAGUCAGUUGAACUUUAAGGUCCUUUUAGCCUGCAGAUCGGCAUCCUGUACCUAGAGUUACCUGUUUACAUACAUCGAGAACAGAUGUCUUGGUUUGAAGGGCAGCCAUUUGGGUCCAUGGCGCCGUGCUCUACACAUUGGAGCUGGGAAUUCCAGAAUUGCUUUGACUCCCAUAUGCAUGGAUAAAGCCAUUUCCAUUUCUUGGGAGGUUAGGGAAGUAGAAAUCAGUAAUGAGAUCUUUGUCUUCUCACGUGUACGGAAAGCUGUGGGGCUGGAUAGAAUUUGCUGUACUGGAUAGUCAUCCCCAGAAGGCGUUCAGCCUGGCUAGUCUGAGCCUAGAUGGGUUUCUCAGGUGAAGGCAAGCAGUGGGCCAAAGAGCAUCAGGUUAAAAGGACGAGUCCCCUUAUUUUACACCUAAGACUAAAGCUCAGAAAGGAAAGCACACUUACUCAUAGUCAGGCAGGAAGUCAUAGCAGAGCUGUUGAAAUUGGAGUGUUCAGAUUUCUGGGCCACAAAUGCCCCCCUGCACCAUCAUUUUAAAAAGCAGUUACUCAGUAAAUUUGAGUCUGCCUUUGUGGUUGGCAUAUGUCAGCCGGCUAUGGCUUCCUGCUCAGGUGAUUCAUAUUGACGGUCUACAUGGUCCCUAUGAUCUUAUGACAGAUUUGAAACUCAAGUGUGCACACAGAUGUGCAUAAAAUAACACACACACACACACACACACAUACACACACACACACACACCAGGCCACACUAAAUCCGUGGGCAUACACAAACAAACACACACCAGGCCACACUAAAUCCAUGGGCAUAUUAGGGCAUGUUAAAACGCCAUGAUUUACAUUUCAGCAAUUUAAGGGGAAGGCAUUUUCCAGGGAUAGAAUCUCCCACGCUCAGGUAAUGAUUUGAGCUGGAAAUUUUCUUUUAGCUAAACUCUGCCUCAGGAAGAAUCCAUUAUUCUAGACAUCAUGUGAUGAAUCUAUUUGGAAUAAAAAUGGUGCUUACCUUCCUCCCUGGGGUGUGGGAGAAGGUAUGCGAGGUUGUACUGUGAAGUCAUUAAGCUCUUAGAAGGCUCCUGCCCGAGAGAGCCCAGUGUUAUUGACGUUCCUUUCCUUCCUCAAGGCCCGGAGAGCUGUGUCCUGUUGCUUUGGGCGGGACCCAGGCAGCGGGGCCAUCAUCCUGGCCUGUAAGCCAUACUUGAUUUCUGCAUUGGUUUACAUGUUCUUUACUGUGAUCUCGGUUCCAAAUGCAGAAUUAUCAUCUUGUUCUCAUUGAAUGUGCCUUAUCCUUGUAAAUUCUAAUUUACAUACUUGUUCUUAGUUUUGUGUGUGUGAGACUCGAUGUUCAAGAAAGAAGUCAUAAAUAGAGUAAGAACAUUUUAGUGUCCUUGAAGAAAUGCUUUUAUGAUUUCUAAUAAAUAUUUAUUUUGCCUUGUUA